GCGCCACCGCACUCUGACUAAACGACCAUGUCCGGCGAAGCCUUCAACCCAAAUCCCAUCGUUUUCGCCACUACUAAGUCGUCUCGAUCUCUUCCUCCUGGUGUCAGACUGAACUCCCUCUGGCUCGACGACGGUGAUCACCGAGAGGAAGAAUCGGAUGACUCGAAUGAGGCUGAGGCGAUAGACCAGGAUGAGAUAUUCGAGCUUAUACGCUCUAUCUCUGAUCCUGAGCACCGGAACAUGUCCCUUGAACAGCUCGCAGUGGUCUCGGCGCCUCAGAUCACAUUCGAUCAGCGGAAUCCGGACAGACUCACCGUCGAGUUCACACCCACAGUGCCACACUGCGGAAUGAGCACAUUCAUAGGUCUCUCCAUUCGUGUGCGGUUGCUCCGGAGUCUUCCUCACCGCUAUAAGGUCGACAUCCGCGUCAAGCCCGGGUCACACCAGAGUGAGCAUGCCUUGAACAAGCAGCUGAAUGACAAGGAGCGCGUGGCGGCCGCGCUGGAGAACCCUGCCCUGUUGGAGGUCUUGGAGCAGUGCUUGUCGACUGUUGGGCAAAUUGCAGACGCAGCUGCGUUGUGACAUGACCUCCUUUUCCAUGACGCUGCGCCUCGGAUGCCACGACAUUAUUCCGUUCGUAUCGGCGGUCAUAUUGAUACGUCGUGUACUGUACACCCAUAUUAUAACUCAUCUGUUGGAGCGCGGAGCCAAUCAUUGUAGCCGUAGAACGUGGUAUAGCACUACUAUAAGCAUUUGCAUAACGUUGCAUAUCAA